UUCUCCUUCAUCAUCAUCAAGUGAAUCAAGUGAAUCCCCUCCGCGCAGAGUAAGAACCUUGGUUGAUAUCUAUGAAAAUUGUGAUUUUGCUCUAGUUGUUGCAGAACCCACAGGUUUUGAUGAAGCUGUUACUAAGCCAGAAUGGCAAAAGGCCAUGGAAGAAGAAAUGAGUGUUAUAGAGAAGAAUGGGACUUGGGAGCUUGUAAGUCUGCCCAAGGAGAAGAAAGCUAUAGGCCUAAAAUGGGUCUAUAGAACAAAAUACAAUCCGGAUGGUAGCAUAUCAAGGCAUAAAGCCAGGCUAGUGGUCAAGGGCUAUGCACAGCAAGAAGGAAUAGAUUAUGAGGAAACCUUCUCACCAGUUGCCAGGUUUGAAACUGUGAGGGUUGUCCUAGCCUUAGCUGCUCAAUGGAGGUUACCUGUAUUCCAAUUAGAUGUGAAGUCAGCAUUUUUAAAUGGAGAACUUCAGGAGGAGGUGUUUGUUGAACAACCUCAGGGUUUUGAGAAGAAGAAUGAACCUGAAAAGGUGUACAAGCUAAAGAAGGCACUUUAUGGCUUAAAGCAGGCUCCAAGAGCCUGGUACAGUAAGAUUGACUCAUUCUUCAUAGCUGGUGGGUUCACUAGAAGUGAUAAUGAGCCAACACUUUACAUAAAGAAGCAAGGUAUGGAUCAGUUCAUUGUUGUGUGUCUUUAUGUUGAUGAUAUAGUGUACUUUAGCUCCUCAGAAAGUAUGCUAGCAGAUUUCAAGAACUCAAUGAAGCAGAGGUUUGAAAUGACUGACCUAGGAGUUCUGCAAUACUUUCUUGGCUUGGAAGUAAAACAGAAAAAAGAGGGAACUUUCUUGUGCCAAAGAAAGUAUGCUAUGGAUUUGCUCAAAAGGUUUCAUAUGGAGAAUUGUGAAAUAGCUAAGACUCCUAUGAAUACCAAUGAGAAGCUGCAGAAAUGUGAUGGAACUGAGAAAGCAAAUGAAAGAUUGUUCAGAAGCCUAGUUGGGGGACUAAACUACCUAACACACACCAGACCUGACAUUGCACACAGUGUUAGUGUUGUGUCUAGGUAUAUGCAUUGUCCUACUAAGCAACACUUUGGUGCAGCCAAAAGAAUUCUGAGAUAUGUGGCAGGAACUCUUGAGUUUGGAGUAUGGUAUGAAAGUGUAAAACACUUUAAACUCAGAGGCUAUACUGAUAGUGAUUGGGCAGGUUGUAUUGAUGACAGAAAGAGCACCUCAGGCUCAGUGUUUGACCUUGGUUCUGGAGCUAUUACAUGGAGUUCAAAGAAGCAAGAUACAGUGGCUUUGUCUACCUCUGAGGCAGAGUACAUUGCUGCAGGAGCUGCAGCAAAACAAGCAUUGUGGCUGAGGAAGUUACUAAAGGAUUUGUGCUGUGAACAACAAGAAAUUCCAGAGAUUUGGUGUGACAACAUGUCCACCAUUGCAAUGGCAAAGAACCCAUCUUUUCAUGCCAGAACAAAGCAUAUAGAUGUACAACAUCAUUUCAUUAGGAAGCUUGUAGCUGAGGAGAAAAUAGCUCUGCAAUAUUGUGGAACUGAGUUUCAGAAUGCAGAUUUGUUCACUAAGGCUUUACCUCAAGCUAAGCAUCAAUUUUUCAUGAAAAGGAUUGGGAUGACAAUCUUGAAUCAAGGGGAGGUGUUGAGCAAGUUAUCAAGCUUGCAUGCAUACGUGGAAUAUUGGUUUUUAGUUAUUCUUUAUUGAUUAAUAUUGUUUUUGAAUAAGUCUAAGUGGUUAGCUAAAGUUUAGGCAUUUGAUUUGGUCUUUGUUUACUCACGUAUUUGAAUACUUGGCUUAGCAUAAUUAUAGGAGAUAGUUGUUAUACGUGCUUGAUUGUUUUCAUUCUUGUAAAAGGCUAUAUAAAGCCUAUUGAUUAUUAAUGAAAGUAGUUUUUGGUGAGCCUCUUUUCUUCUCCAAGUUUUUAUCAUACAUUCGUAUAGUAUUUCAUAGGCUUUGAACAACAAUGGAUAUUUGUUAGCUAAAACUAAUACAUUAAACAUGGGUAAUUAUAUAGCACAUUAAAGUCAUAAAGGCAAAAUAUGCUCUCAUCCUAAGUCAAUAUUUUUUAAGCAAAGAUACAUUGAACUACAAAUGCAUACAGACAAGUCCUUUAUAGAAAAAUAGAUGAAGGGAUUUAAAUUUCAUUUAUUAUGUUACCAAGUAGCUAGCUCCCUAAUAAGUCCGUAUUUUGACACGCAUUUGAUGUGUGUUGAGAUCGGAUUUUGAUGGUUUCCCUAGCUUUAAGGUAUUGCAAGUCUCAAUUUUAGCUCAAGUUAUGUUUACCGGGCGUUGGUUCGAGUUUUGUGUUGUUUGUAGUCAAAAUCAGGGAAUUUGAGCCCGGCACCGGCACUUGAGGAACAAUCGGGAUGAUUUGAUAAGCAUUUGAGAAUGAUUUGAUAGCUUUGGAGGUCACCGGAAGAUUCACGACGAAGAUUUGAAGGAAAAAGAGCUCUAGGAUUGGCUACGGGGUCAAAGAAGAUGAAUGAAGCUUGAAAACGACGAUCAGGAUGACCUUCUGUCAAUCGUUCAAGCAUAUCUCUUUGUAGAAACAUCCAAUGUACACGAUUCAAGUUCCAUAUGAAAGCUAACUUCAAGGGCUACAAAUGAUAUGAAGACACCUUUGCGAGAAUCGGAUAGGAAGAAGGAGAAAAAAGACGAUGAAGUCAGAUGAUCUCUGCUGCGAUUUCAGAAAGACACCUUGCACCGUUUUGAUCAUAUCUCUUGAUUGGAUGAUUCAAAUCCCAUUCUGCAAAUUGGGGUGGAUAGAGGACUUCAUUAUCUACAACUUUCAUGAAGUCAGACAUGAUCGUGCGUGAAGAGAAAACACGAAGGAGUUACUGCAAGCCAGGCACGAUCGUGCCUGGAGGGAGGCACGAUCGUGCCUGCCCAAAAUGCACGUUUUUUGCUCCGGAGGCAUGAUCGAAGGCACGAUCGUGCCUGGCAUCGUGUCUGGCUCCGAAAAUCCCAAUUCAGCUCAAAUUUCACCCGAAUUUUCUAUUUAAACAGCCUGUAAACCCCCGUUUUCAAGGGGGGAGCUUAGAGAGAGUGCCUAGCACGAAAUUUAGAUGGUUUUUCAUCCUUGUUCAUCAAUCUUUUGGGAUUCUUUGUAAGUUCCACCUUUUUAAUUAAUGACAAUUAAUUCUUU